UUUGAAACGACAGUAUUACCCUUGAAAUUAAAUCAACUUCAUUUGUCCGUCUCGUGCCUCCCUAUCACUUCACCCCAAAGCCAUCGCCAUCUCUCCGCCUCCUGCUACCCCCUGCCUGCGCUGCCAUUUCUGCACCGCCUCCUACGCCCGCCUCCGCAUCCAGGUGUGUCUCCCCUCCCCUUCUCUUCUUCUCCAUCUUCUACCCGACAGUCCCAUAUAUGUGGCGGCUAGGGUUCGGCUAUGGCCGAAUAGUAGACAACUAGUGCCUGCGGCGGUGAUGCUAUGGCUAGGUGUGCGACCUGAUAUGCGACCAAUGCUGGGGUGGUUGGGGACCUGGGUUCGUGCCGAUGUUCGGGCUGUUUGGCGGUGGUUUCAACCGUGAGACGCGGUGGUGCGGCUAAAUUUGGGGCGGCAGUUGGGGACGCUAGGGUGGGGGCCGGAGAGGGAGGCUCUCUUGGGCUGGAUAGUUGGGGCGGGUGGCUGAGGAUGGGGAGGGGGCGGCGCCGGCGGUCACCGGAAGGAACGGGACGACAGUCACCUGAGGGGCUAUGUGGUGGUCACUGACCGGUUCCGUCCCUGGGAUAUGUGUAACUGUAACUGGUCUGCACCGGAGUCGACUGUGGGCACUGUGGUCACUAGGGGCGGUAGUCAAAGGCCGCCGUGGUCACUAGCAGCAGUGGUCACUAGCAACAGUGGUCACUAGCAGCAGUGGUCACUCUGGCCAACCGUGGUCACAAAAGUGAAGUAUCACUUUUUUGUUCACUUACAAGGGAUUGUUUUUUACAAUAUGAAUAAAAAAUAUGUAAGGUGACAUCCUGGCCAUAGUGGUCACCUUACAUAAGUCUUACAAAAGUGAUACUUCACUUUUGUUCACUUUUUGCUUUAAAUUAGUUUUCGUCUUCUCAACUUCUACCUCCGUCGGAUAAUUUUUUGUUGUAGAUAUCCACAAGGAGUUUUGUUAUGGUGUUCAUGUUAUGCAUGUGUGCAAGUAAAUUCGUUUAUUUAUUCUUGAAUUUAUAAAUGAAGUCGUUGGAAGUCAUGGGGAGUGGGUGCAGUUCGACUGCACCUAUACUGGCUAUACAUACAUAUUUCAUGUUCAUGGUUUAUUUUGUUCUUCUAUUCCAUUUUCAUGUUGUAUUUUUAUUCUUCUGUCCCAUGUUAAUGCUGUACAUAUGAAGAAGUAUGGAGAUAAUUGAUUUUGAAAUCCAUGUAGUGCUAGCAUUAAAGUAGUCUUGAUAUGUGAUAAUACUGUAAUUUCAUAAGAUAUCUUCCAGCUGCUUUUCCAUUUACAUAUUUAGUAGCCUUCUACCUUCUAGGCAUGUAAUACCUAUUUUGGAAACUUUUUAACCAGAAUAAAGAUCAAUUCGUAAGGUGUAAUGAAAUCAUUGCCUAUCAAUCAUCCACUGGAUUGCCCAAUUUGUAACCAAGCUAGGUUUUGAAUGUGAACUUCAGGAUGAUUCUAUCACUUUUGUAUCUGAUCACGGCACUUGUUGAAAUGGAAUGACGAGAUAUAUGGUUUACAAGAAUCCAGGUCCAGUGGUCAAGACGGUUAUGACCUGGUACAAUCAGCGUACAAGGAGAUUUUAUGCAUCAUCAAAUGUUGCAUAUGCAAAAUCAAGAGAUAUAUCGGCUACUUGGAGUAACGUAGAUCAGUUAACACAAGAAACCCACAGCUGGAAUAUUAUGGUUAUCAACUCUCAAUUGAAGGAACUGAUCAAGAAAGGACAUGUUAGAAAUGCUCGUGAGAUGUUCAAUAAAAUGCCAUAUAGAGAUGAAAUCUCCUGGACCAACAUGAUUGCUGCUUACGUAAAUGCCUCUGAAUCAUUCGAAGCACUAUCUCUGUUUCAUGAUAUGUGGGCCUACACUGAUCUUCACAUGGAUCCUUUCAUACUUAGCCUUGUACUAAAGGCUUGUGGGAUUAGUACAAAUGUUAAGUGUGGAGAACUUGUGCAUGGAUAUUCUGUAAAAAGUGGUCUUGUGAAUUCUAUUUUUGUGGGAAGCUCACUUCUUAAUAUGUAUAUGAAAUUGGGAAAAUUUUGGGAAGGUUGCAAACAGUUCGAUGAGAUGCCUAACAAGAAUGUAGUAUCUUGGACUGCUAUAGUGACUGGACUUGUUCAUAUGGGCUAUAACAAUGAGGCUCUGAUGUAUUUUUCUGAAAUGUGGGAAGAUGGAAUAAAAUACGAUUCAUAUUCCUAUGCCAUUGCAUUAAAGGCGUGUGCUGAUAUGGGGUAUCUGAAUUAUGGGAGGGAAAUUCAUACUCGGAUUGUGAAGGAAGGCUAUGGUGCAGGAUCUUAUGUGGCUAAUAGUCUCUCCACAAUGUACAAUAAAUGUGGGAAUAUAAAGUAUGGAUUGUGCCUGUUCGAAAAAAUGAUUUUGAAAGAUGUGGUCUCUUGGACGUCUAUAAUCACAACAUAUGUCCAAAUGGGUGAAGAUGAACUGGCAAUCCAAGCAUUCUUGCGAAUGAGAGACUCACACACAAGUCCUAACGAGUACACCUAUGCAGCAAUUGUUGCUGCUUGUGCUAAUCUUGCAAGACUUGAUUGGGGCGAACAACUGCAUUCCAAUACAUUACAUACAGGUUUUGUGGUUUUUCCAUCUGUGGGAAAUUCAGUGAUGUCACUGUAUUCAAAAUGUGGCUUGUUAGGUUCAGCAUCCAUGGUGUUUAAUGCAAUGAACAAGAGAGACAUUGUUUCUUGGAGCACUAUUAUUGCAGGGUAUGCUCAAGCUGGACAUGGUGAGGAGGCUUUCAAUCUUCUCUCGUGGAUGAGAAGGGAAGGAACAGAGCCUACAGAGUUUGCCCUUGCUAGUGUAUUAAGUGUAUGCGGAAAUAUGACCAGUCUAUAUCAAGGGAAGCAACUGCAUGCUCAUGUCCUUGCCAUUGGUUUAGAUCAGACAGUAUUGAUACACAGUGCUUUGGUAACUAUGUACUCAAAAUGUGGAAACAUCAAAGAAGCCUCAUAUAUUUUUCAAAUGGCUCAGUGUAAUGAUAUUGUAUCGUGGACGGCUAUGAUUAGUGGAUUGGCUGAACAUGGUAAAAGCAGAGAAGCUAUUGAUUUAUUUGAGAAAUCGUCUGAGGCUGGUUUGGAACCGGAUUCAGUAACCUUUGUUGGAGUUCUCAGUGCUUGCAGCCAUGCAGGGUUGGUCGAUAUUGGGUUUCAUUACUUUAAUUCAAUGAUCAGGGACUAUAAAUUAAGACACUCUAAAGAGCAUUAUGGUUGCAUGAUUGAUCUUCUUUGCCGAGCAGGACGUUUAAGUGAUGCAGAGAACAUGAUAAAUAGCAUGCCAUUUGAAAAGGAUGAUGUUGUUUGGUCAACUCUCCUCAGGGCUUGCAGGCUGCAUGGUGAUGUUGAAUGUGGAAGACGUGCUGCAAAACAUAUCCUUAAACUGGAUCCUGACUCCGCUGGGGCCCAUAUUACUCUGGCUAAUAUAUAUUCUUCUAAAGGGAAGUGGAGGGAAGCAGCGGAGUUGAGGAAGCUGAUGAGGUCAAAAGGAGUAAUUAAAGAGCCUGGGUGGUCAUGGUUAAAACUGAAGACAAAGAUGUAUGCAUUUGUUGCUGGAGACAAAACACACCCUGAAAGUGAUUAUAUUUAUAACAUUCUAGAGUUCUUGACCUCAGAUACUGAACUAACUUCCCUGGAAAUUGCCUCUCUUAUUGAUGAUGUUUAGUCAAAUCUUGUGACAUUUUGUCAAAUGUUAGUGGUUAAAUUUCUCUCCCAAGAUUUAAUGAACACAAAGGGUAAUUUUGACUACCCUUUAUCUGUGGACAGCGUUACUGUAUUAUGUCUAGCUCACCUGCAGCCUACCUAGUAAUGUCUACUUACAUGUGGCUUUAAAUCUGCUCUGAUUUUUGGAAAGUCUCCCUCAAUAGAAUAUUCCCAGAGUAUGGAGACCUUUAUUGUCUACUUACAAGAGGCAACAGCAGCAGUUAUAUCUGAAUUACUAGUCGAAUCACUUGCUAAAUCUUGCUGAAAACCAAAUUCAAGAACAGAUGGAAAACCAUGGAUGCAGAAAGAUAAUAUGGAAAGGUUGAAGUACGUCCUUACUAUAACAGCAAGGGAAGGUUGCUGCACAAUACUCCCAAUGAGGAGGACAGUCAUCAGCAUCAGGAAAACCUCAUAGCAUUGAUCAAGAGAUAUCAGUAGAAAGAAUCAGUCAGGGAAGCAGGUUCAAGAGCUGCAACAACUCUGAACUGCGAGUCCUCGAACCUUCUCCCUCCUCAAAAAUAGCUAACAGUUACUGCACAUUCCUCAACCUAAACUCUUCGUACAAAAUACAAAUGCUUGAAUGUUGUAUUUAUGCAAUAUUUCUAUAUUGUAAGACACACAUUUUCUACUUUUGUCUCCAUAUGAGAAUUUUUAUCUGUAGAAAUUUACGAUGAAUUUUGUCAUGAUGUUCAUAUCGAAUAUAGUUUGGUGAGCGAUUCAAUUUGCAUGUCUAUCUUGUCAAAUCUGUGGUGACCUUUACUUUAAAUUUUAAAAUGAUCAUAUCGGAUGCUUAUUUAACUAUGUGGACUGUCAGAUUAGUGAAGGUGAAAUAUAGUCCAUCUUGGCAAAGCUGAGGAGCCCUUCAAAAGGCAAUGACCAUCUUUGAAUGCUAAUGGACGAAGAUCAAAUCUCUCCUCUGACUAUUCUUUGCUUCUAGGACUCGUCAAGUUUCAGAUCAGUGGAGGAGAAACACAUAGGAGUAAAACCCUAUACGCUGAUUCUGUGAUAACUUUCUAACAUUUUUAUUACACAUGAUAUUUUUUGUUUAGUGUGAUAUGAGCAAAGGAACCUGAUAUUAUUAUUAUUAUUAUUAUUAUUAGAGAUAUUACGCGAAAUAGGACUAAAACAGUUUGUAAAUUCCAAAAUAGGACUUUCAUGUUUUUAUUCCCAAAAUAGGACUAAUUACUGCCAUGUUUUGGCAGUAGCAGACUUCAAACAUGGCAGUAAUUAGUCCUAUUUUGGGAAUAAAAAACAUGACAGUCCUAUUUUGGAAUUUUCAAACUGUUUUAGUCCUAUUUCGGGAACUUUCCCUUAUUAUUAUUAUUAUUUUAUUGUCAUCAUCAUGAUGUCUGUUUUAGGUUCUUUCUUUACCAGAUCUGGUAAGCCAGGCUACACGUGUUCUAAUAGCGUAGGAAAUGACACCAAACAUGCUGAUGUACUACCAUCUGAGGUUGUAAGUAGGGCUGGGGAAAAAUACCGAAACAGCCGAAAUAUCGCUCUUACCGUACCGAAAAAUACCAAUUUUACCGAAAUUUUUCCUUACCGUAAAUUUUGGUAAGGUAUGGUAACUAUUUUGGUACGGUAUCGGUAUGUACCGUAUCAGUUUUCGGUAUACCGAAAUACCGUAAUACCAAAUUUAUAUAUAUUUACAUAUACCUAUAAUUAUGCCUCUUGGGUCAAAAACAGCCCACUGCCCCAAUUGUACACCCGACUAAUAAGAGUGUUAGCCCAGCCCAAACUCCAAACUCCAAACAAAAUGUGUUGCCCUGUGGGAAAUGUCGAAUUGUGAAGGACGGGACUGGAAGAGCCGAAGAAGAGAUAGGGUUUUACAGUUUCAGAAAGGUCUCCAGUCUCCACUCUCCAAUACCUAAUCGCUAUUCCUGGGCUCUUGGAGAUGAAUAUUCUUGAAGACUUGAAGCUUAGAAGAGACAUUCGGCGGGCACGAAGCAAUGGGUUGAACAAACAAAAAUUAGGCCUUCUCAAUUCAUCUAAAUACGAAAAGACUGGCAAUAACAGAAAGUCUCUAGGAAGCUUCAACUUUCACCUCCAGAGGCUUAACCAGGGGAGGAAAUAAGGUUUUGUUAUGGUGUAUUUCAUUCAAUUACCUUAUUGAGAGCAUAUUGUUCUUCUAAUCCCAUAAACCUCAAUGUUUUAAAAAUAAGAGAGUAUUUUUGUUGCAAGAAACAUAUUGGUGAGUGCUUAAAUGUCUGUUUUCCUAAUUUGCAAUCAUAAUUAUUCAUUAAUAUCAAGAUGGAGUCUGGAAUUGGAGACACAUUCUUAAUUUAGUUCUUUGAUAAUUCACUCCAUGUAUAUGUGUAGUAUGUAUUAAGGACUGCUAUGUGAUGAAUGAAUUGUAAUUUUUAUGUUCCUGUAAGUUUUAGGAAUAAAACUUCCUUGAUUGAAUGAGCCAUCCGGCCAGAGUAUAAAUACAGUUUGUACAGAUAACUAUAAGCUGGUACAGAUCCUAAAUAUUAGGAUCUAGAUAACUAUGAGCUUAUCUACAACUAACUAAGUCUAUCCGACUCACUUAUGUACAUCAAUCUAAUCAGAAAAAAUAAUGUAACAUUUUUCUAAUAAUGUAACAUUUUUCUACAGUUCCUAUCAUUGUAAUUUAGCAUGAAUGCAGGUCAUGUUAAUUAUAUAGAUAUAUAUUAAUUUAAUAUAUAAGAAGACUCACUAUUUUUUGGCUUGGGAAUAUGAUGAAAUAAAGCAAAAUGGUUCACUAAACUGUUUGCGCUUCUUUGUUAUGAAGUAACAGUCAGCUCAUGCAAUUUUCGACGUGAUUUUCACUACGGGUCAUUCGGAAACAAUCUCUCUGUGCUUUAGUAUAGAGGUAAGACUGCGUACAUCCGUACCCCCUUACCCCACCGUAGGUGGGAGCCUUUGCGGCACGGGGUAAUGAUGAUGAAUGGAUGGUUGUUUAACACCUCACAAACUAUUGAUUUGUUUUGACUUCAGAAAUAAGAAUGGAAUCUCAAUCAUCUCAUUCUCUUCCAACUCCAUCUGAAUCACCCGAUAUGAUAGAAUUUGAAACGCGUGAAGCUGCCACUAGCCGAAAACGAGCAAGGAACAAAUCAGCAGCACUUAAGCCCCCUCUUUCUGAACCUCGAAGCAUCUUUUGGAGUCAUUGUCAAAAGGGUCAAGGACCUUGCUGGAUGUUAGGCUUCCCCAGGUAUACUGAACAUUAACAGAAAGAUGAACAGCAAUUCAAAGAAACUACAGCAAACUUUAUUAGCGAUGAACAAGAAAUCUGGCCGAAGCCCCCAAUGAGCCGAAGCCCCCCAAAGAAAGAGAUUAGCUCUCGAUCUUCCCAAGUCCCAAAUGACAAAGUCUAAAACAGCCUACUAAACCCUUCCCUGCACUUCUAUUUAUACUAAACUUAUACACUUUAUUUUAAUUAAUACUCUAAUAGGCCCGUUCCUAACAAUACUCCCUCCCUAAACAUCCACCUUGCCCUCAAGGUGGGCGGUAGGAGACAGCCAAGAUCCUUUGCUCCUUCUUCCUUGCACUACUACCUUCCCAAUAUCUUAUUGGUUUCCGAGCAAAGAGCUUCAGUAUUAGAUCUUCACAACUCUGAGAUGUUUCUGCAGCAUAGAGUGUUUCUGGUGAAGUAUCUUUCUCUUUCUUAGUCUUCAGGCCUUCAAUAGCCACCAAUAUUUUCAUUCUUUCCUGAGGUAUACCCCUUACAACAGCAGCAGAAUUUAUAUUCAUGUCCUGAACAUCAGGAUCCUCAUCCCUUUUAACGUGCUCAACUCCAUUUGCCUUUUCUACCUUUAAGUUAGGCUUGACAUCAAAUUUCUGUGGUUCUAUCAUGCGCUUCAGUAAAACAAUGUCAUCCUCUGCUGCACUGUUAGUACCCUCAACAACAUUCCACCAAACAACUCUCUUUCGGAUCUUCUUCAUAGAAUUCACACCGUCAGUUUUGAUACCCUCAAAAUGAUUCAAGUCUUCCAACAAUUACUUUGAUGAAGGGGGUUGCACACAAUCUAUAAGGGCACCCAAUUCCCUUUUAUUAAUUCUACCUAGCAUUCCCUCAAUAUUCUCCUGCCAUGAUUCAAUAAACAUUUUUACUUCCACUUCCGCAAAGAAUUUCUUGGUAUCUAUCAACCAGACACUGAGGUGGGCUUGCUGUUUUCUUAUCUGCAGAAAAAUAAUGACACCAUACACCCACUCUUCCAGAUUAUGCAUUAUUACCUUUACCCCCUUACUAUCCAAAACUGUCAACAAGAGCUUAGAUAGAUUGCUUGAAGAUAUUUUCGGUUUGCUGCUACACAAGGGAGUAUCAUCAAACUUAUCCUGUCCUUUCCAACUAUUACUUAGUACACAAAGGUGCAUAAUUUCCUUUAGAACACCCAAUCCCAGAUUUGGAAAUCUACCAAUUCCAAAAUUAAAAUAUUCUGGAUUUGGUUUCAGAAGAAUUGAUUUUUCCGGAUUUGUUUCCUUGAUUACAAUUUCUGCUUGCUUCAACUUGGAAGAGAAUACGUGCGCAGGCUUAUAAACUUCUUGCGACAAAAAUUGCGAACAAGAAGAUUCUUCUCUGAAUAACAUCACAUUCUGAUGCGAGAAACUAGCAGACGGGAAUGCCUGUGGACUGAGACCAGCUGUUGCAGGUGGUUGCAAACUGAAAGAAGCAGUUCGCGAUUGUGAACUGGGAGCUUCACAUCUCGAUUGUGUCUUACGUGAACUGGAAGACGUUGUUGGCGAAGUCUUCUGCGAACUGAGAGAAGACACCUGCGAACUGAUGGCUGGCGAGGAAGUCUGCGAACUGAAAGAAGCUGUUCGCGACGGUGAACAAUGACAAGAAGUUCACGAUUGCGAGCCAAGAGAAGUAGUUCGCGACUCCACCUGCGAUAGCGGAUGACGCCUACUGUUCCUCGUUCGGUCGCCAGAUUUCCUGCGGUGCCUUCGCUCUUCGGAUUUUUCAGGACUUGCUGACUUUCACGUGUGAUGAUGAGAGUCGCGAUGUGAUGAGUGUGACGCAUGCGAUCGGUUUCGCGACCGACUUUGAAGUUUGUUUAUCAUGUCCGCGAAGCCAGCCUACAUAGCGACCAUCAUCGUCGAUAACCUAUCGUUUGUCUCCCUCAUCAGUCGGUCAAUAUUAUCAAAACUCUUUUCCAUUUGGGGUGUCAUGUAGAAAUCCUCCUCCAUGAUUCAGAUUCUCGAUCUCCAGGAAGUAAGGCUCUGAUACCAAUGUUAGGCUUCCCCAGGUAUACUGAACAUUAACAGAAAGAUGAACAGCAAUUCAAAGAAACUACAACAAACUUUAUUAGCGAUGAACAAGAAAUCUGGCCGAAGCCCCCAAUGAGCCGAAGCCCCCCAAAGAAAGAUUAGCUCUCGAUCUUCCCAAGUCCCGAAUGACAAAGUCUAAAACAGCCUACUAAACCCUUCCCUGCACUUCUAUUUAUACUAAACUUAUACACUUUAUUCUAAUUAAUACUCUAAUAGGCCCGUUCCUAACACUGGAUGGCACCAUUCAACCAAUCGGAAUGUUCAAGUAUUGUCAAGUGCAGAGCCCAACGGGUUAUGGAAGUACUAGCGGGUUGAAAAACCACUUAGAAAAGAGGUGCAAAUCAAGUCCCUUGUACAAAGCAAGUGAAAGUGACAAAAAUCAGCCUGUAUUGACAAAUGACAAUGGGGCAGGUCGGUGAAUUGGUUUCUCAUACUUUCAAUCAGAAAAGGUGUGAGUUGAAGAUUACUGAAUAUGUUAUUAUCGAUUAGAUGUCAUUCUGAGCUGUAAGGGCUUUGCAAGUCUUGUGCAUGAAUUGCAACCAUGAUUCAGAAUACCAGAUCGUAUGAAGGUGACAGGUAUGGUGUACGACUUAUUUUUAGUUGAGAAAGCUAAAAUUAAGAGUGUGAUUAGUGGGCAAAGGGUAAGUAUCACAACCGAUACGUGGACUUCCAUCCAAAACAUAAAUUAUAUGGUUGUUACUGCCCACUUUUUGGACAACGAUUGGAAACUGCACAAAAGAAUAAUUAACUUCACGAAAAUCACAAGUCAUGGUGGGGAAGAUAUUGGUAAGGUGGUUGAGGUUUGUCUAAGAGAGUAGGGGAUAGAAAAGUAUUUUCGAUAGUAGUUCACAAUGCUUCUUCAAAUGAUACAGCAAUUGACUACUUGAAAAAAAGAAUGCAAAUUGAAAAAACAUUGUUGUUUGAAGGCUCUACUUGCAUUUGAGGUGUGGAUGUCAUAUACUCAAUUUAAUUGUUAAGGAUGGUCUCAAAGAACUCAAUGCUUCAAUUGAAUCUAUAAAGAAUGCAGUUCUUUUCAUUCAUUCUUCACCAUCUAGGUUGCAUAAAUUUAGGGACUUUGCCGUACUAACAAAGUUUUCUAAUACAUCAACUGUGCCUAUGGAUACAAAAAUAAUGUGGAAUGCAACCUAUAAAAUGCUUGAAGUUGCAUUAAAGUUUAGGAGGGUGUUUGAAAGGAUGGCUGAAGAGUGGUUACCAUUUAUGAAGUAUUUUCGUGAAAAAAAUGAAAAGGAUAGAGUAUGGGUUGGGGCUCCAAGUCAUGAAAAUGGAGAGAAUGCUAAAGCUUUUGUGCACUUCUUAAUAAAGUUUUAUGAUGUCACCUAAGAGUUAAGUGCAUCAAAAACUCCCACCUCCCAAUUGCUUUAUGAGUCCAUGAUUGCACUAUAGAUUGAAAUUGAAAAAAAGAAAAAUUACAAUUCUGACCCGAUUCUCAAGGAGGUGGCUAGUGCUAUGUUGUUAAAGUUUAAAAAGUAUUGGGGCGAUUGGAAUACUAUGAAUCCUUUAAUUUUUAUUAGCAAUAUUUUUGGACCCAUGAAACAAGCUCCAGAUGAUUAAAAAAGUAAGUAUCAAGAAACUUCCAGAUACUACUACAAAGCUCUAAGAUUUUGUUGAUAAAGUUAAAAGUGACUUAGUAACUCUGUGGGCAGAAUACAAAGGCAUAAAUGAGACCACUAAUGUUGAGCGACAAAGAAUGCAAUUGGAUGGUGUAGAUGGUACUAGUAGUGUGGGUGAUGGUCUUUGGGAUGAAUUAUUUACUGACGUUUAAGCACAAAAUGAGGAAGAGCAACUCCAAGAGAUUUCUAAUGAGGUAGAUAAGUACCUAGUUGAUUAGAUUGAGAGCAGAUCUAUUCAAUCUUUUAAUCUUUUGCAGUGGUGGAAAGGAAGUGAAACUAGGUACCCAAUUCUUUCAUUGAUUGUAAAAGAUAUUUUUGCAAUACCAAGUUCAACGGUUGCAAGCGAGUCUAGGGAAAAAGGUUGUCGAUCCCUUUAGAAACAGUUUAAGUCCUAAAAUGGUUGAAGCUUUGGUUUGUACGAAUGAUUGGUUAAGAGCAGAGGAUUUCAGCUUUUAUAAGGAUCCAACAGAUGAUGAUCUUAACAAAAGCUGAAUUCCUUUACUCUUAACCAAUAAUUCGUACAAACCAAAACUUCAACCAUUUUAGGACUUAAACCCCUUCUAAAGGGAUCGACAACCCUUUUCCCUAAACUGAAAGCAGACUCACUUGCAACCGUUGAACUUGAUAUUGCAAAAAUAUCUUUUACAAUCAAUGAAAGAAUUGGGUACCUAGUUUCACUUCCUUUCCAUCACUCCAAAAGAUUAAAAGAUUGAUUAGAUCUGAUCUCAAUCUCAUCAACUAGGUACUUAUCCACCUCAAUAGAAAUCUCUUGGAGUUGCUCUUCCUCACUUUGUGUUUCAACGUCAGUAAAUAAUUCAUCCCAAAGACCAUCACCCGCACUACUAGUACCAUCUCCACCAUCCAAUUGCAUUCUUUGCCGCUCAACAUUAGUGGUCUCAUUUAUGCCUUUGUAUUCUGCACACAGAGUUACUAAGUCACUUUUAACUUUAUCAACAAAAUCUUAGAGCUUUGUAGUAGUAUCUGGAAGUUUCUUGAUCAUCUCGAGCUUAUUUCAUGGGUCUAAAAAUAUGGCUAGUAAAAAUUAAAGGAUUCAUAGUAUUCCAAUCGCCCCAAUACUUUUUAAACUUUAACAACAUAGCACUAGCCACCUCCUUGAGAAUCGAGUCAGAAUUGUAAUUUUUCUUUUUUUCACUUUCAAUCUGUAGUGCUAUCAUGGACUGAGAUUGGGAGGUGGGAGUUUUUGAUGCACUUAACUCUAAAGUGACAUCAUAAAACUUUUUUAAGAAGUGCACAAAAGCUUUAGCAUUCUCUCAAUUUUCAUGACUUGGAGGCCCACAACCCGUACUCUACCCUUUUCAUUUUUUUUCACGAAAGUACUUCAUAAAUGGUAACCACUCUUCAGCCAUCCUUUCAAACACCCUCCUAAACUUUAAUGCAACUUCAAGCAUUUUAUAGGUUGCAUUCCACAUUGUUUUUGUAUCCAUAGGCACAGUUGAUGUAUUAGAAAACUUUGCUAGUACGGCAAAGUCUCUAAAUUUAUGCAACCUAGAUGGUGAAGAAUGAAUGAAAAGAACUGCAUUCUUUAUAGAUUCAAUUGAAGCAUUGAGUUCUUUGAGACCAUCCUUAACAAUUAAAUUGAGUAUAUGACAUCCACACUUCAAAUGCAAGUAGUUCCUUUCAAACAACAAUGGUUUUUCAAUUUUCAUUCUCUUUUUCAAGUAGUCAAUUGUUGUAUCAUUUGAAGAAGCAUUGUGAACUACUAUCGAAAAUACUUUUCUAUCCCCUACUCUCUUAGACAAACCUCAACCACCUUACCAAUAUCUUCCCCACCAUGACUUAUGAUUUUCGUGAAAUUAAUUAUUCUUUUGUGCAGUUUCCAAUCGCUGUCCAAGAAGUGGGCAGUAACAACCAUAUAAUUUAUGUUUUGGAUGGAAGUCCACGCAUCGGUUGUGAUACUUGCCCUUUGCCCACUAAUCACACUCUUAAUUUUAGCUUUCUCAACUAAAAAUAGUUCGGUAUGGUAACAUACCUUACCAAAAUUUAUGGUAAGGAAAAAAUUUGGUAUUUUUCGGUACGGCAAGAGCAGUAUUUCGGCCGUUUCGGUAUUUUCCCCAGCCCUAUACUUGACUUGUAUAAAGAGAUUGAGGAAAUUGAAAAGAGUAAAGCUUUUUUAUUGCAUUAAGUUUAGAAUUAAAUGAUAAAUUUUAAUAAUAAUCUAAUGCAUCUUUAUAUUUCUCCUGCAGAUGCAAAUGCGACUCAGGAACGUUCUCAGACUUCCUCUCAGGCAUAGACAUGUUCCAAUUUUCAGCUGGAAGUAUGAUUGUCAUUUGGUAAAAUCAUUUGUGCAUCCAGUAAAUUACUAAAUUAUUAUCUUUUGUUGUAUAUGUUUGUUCUUCCAUCUGUGAUAUCGAUUUUAAAUGGUUUCAGUUUUUGCAUAUUAGAUUUGCAUUACUUCAAUUCCAACUAGUUUAUCAGUUGGUUUCAGAUUAUCUACUUUUUUUACUAAAUAGAAAUAUAUGAUGGGAGGUGCAGAAUAAUAUGGCCAGUAAGGGCUUGUGUGUUGAAUCUGCAGAUUAUCUGGUUUCAGCCUUUUUGCAUAUUAUCGGUUGUUUGCCUGAGUUUAAACUUGAUGUUAAAAACUGCAUUGGAGCUGCAGAAUAAUAUGGCCAGUAAGGGCUUGUGGUUUAGGGCAACACACUCUCAAAAUUGGUCAGUUGCCCGAAAAAGAUAUAAUUGUAGAAGUCAUGGAAAUUUCAAAACCUGAGUAUAUAGGUUUUAUUCACAAUGUUUCCUUGUGAUUCAGCCUAGAUUGGUGGCUUGGUGAGUAUCAAGAAUAUUGAUUUUUAAGAAGUCAUUUCAUAUAUAUCCCUUUAUCCCCGUAUAAUUAGUUGCUCUGUUCUAUGUUGGUCUUCACAUUCCUGUGCGAGUGUGUAUCAUUAUGUGCCUGCUUUCUUGAUUCCCUUGAAGCCUUGAUUCUUGAAUAGGGUUGAACAUUAUUAUAACUUAUUUCACCUCGUAUUUUCUCUCUUGGUUUCUAGGCUUUUUCACUUUCUGAAUUGUUCGCAGUUUUCUUUCUCAUAGGUUCUUGAAUGGAUGCAGUACUUUUACCCCAGUUUUUUCUCUUUGGGCUGUCUGCUCUUCCUGUCACAAUCUUCAUGUUUGAUUUUAUUUACUAUUUAUAAGUGGUUUUUUGUUUAUUCUCCAUGAAUUAUUUUUCCACCCUUUUUCUCUCUUUUCAGAGCUCAAGGAAUUCAAAUGAUAGCCACGAGUUCAGUGAUCAUGUAGAUUUCAGAUUUCGGGUUGCUUCAUCUUUAUUGCUUUAAUGAAUUCUAUGCUAUAAUUGCUUUUAAAUAUGUAUUUGAAGUUCAAAUUUGAACUGAUAUUUUGUUGGAAUUACUCUGCUUUGACAUUUUAAAGGGAUGCCUUGAAGCCCUUUAUUCUUGAAUAGCCAUUGACUACUCUUAACUGAUUAUGUGUGGCAUCAAUAUCUAUAAGUGAUGCUUUUUUUGAAGUGGACAAUUUUAAUCCAAAUGCUCAAGAUUUAGAUUGAGACACGAUUCAUCUAUUUUCAGAUUGCCUUAAACAUCCCUGCAGUUACUCCCCAGUACAUUCUUAUGUAAAUAUCUAGUGAGUAAUGAUAUUUUCUGGUCAUUGGCUUGUUUCACAUAAUGCAAUAUUAGUAAUCUGUGGUUGGAUCCCUAACAUGAAAGUCAAUGAUAGUUGCAGGUUUUUGUUAAUAGUUUUUUAGUUUAUGUGAGAUUUUAUUUUGACAUGACAUUGGACUUCCAGUAUACCGCUUGUUUUUCAGUAUACCAACCAAGAAUCAGAACGGAACUACUCUCUCUUAUUCUAUGAUUUGCCAUCCACAUCAACCAACCAAGAACAUUAUUUUCUUAUGGAAGUUGUGGCAUCACUGUUUCCUUUUCUCAUAUUAUAUUUGGAACAUUAAUGUGCUUUUAAGCUGACCUUUCUCAUAUUAUAUUUGGAGACAUUUCUCAAGUUUAAUUCAGGUAUGAACACUAAAUUCUCUUCUGCAAACAAGUUAUUCAUUGGUGUACUUGAUAGAGACAUGAAAAUGUGAAGAUUGAAAUAUCAAAUGCAGUUGUGAUAGGUUUUUAUAUUGAAAAUCAGAGACAUAUGAGCAAGGAGGACGAGAAGGGCAUGAGAUAUGUUUGUAAGAUCAGGUUGGUUAACAGCCGUGUCAAUCGUGUGGCGGUUCUUUUGACUAAACAUAUUGCUUGCAUGUCUGGGGCUUUUUUUUUAUGUUGAGCGAGCUGCCACGGGAUGUUCUUGGGGCUAUUUGGCUUGACGCUAAAGAUGUUCCAUACAUGUAUUGAGAGCAUUUUUACUGCUCUUUAGUUUAAAGUAAUCCUUUGUUUAUUUUCAUUAGUGGUUGCAUAUAUUGUAUAUAUGCUUCUUCAUGUAAUGGUGGAAGUAUGCUUUCAUUAGAGAUGUUUUGGGUUAUGCCCCUCUCUUUUGUAAUUGCCUUUUGGAUUUAAUGAUAUAUUGAUAUUUGGUAGGUGUUUCCCGCUAUUACCCCACUGACUUUGUUGGUUGGGAUCAAAAUAAAAAGUUGAUGACUUUAAU